AAUAAGCUAUCAAACAUUGUUCCAUAGUAAGAUAUGAAUUUUAGUUUCCUUCAAUAUUAUUGUGAAGACAUUUGAAGAAAUUUUUUCGUACCAUUUGAAGACAUUUGAAAAAAUCACCUGGCAUCCCUGUCCAAAAUCUGAUGCUUCAACUCAGAGAGAUACAAAUAGCACACAAAAAAUAUUGUUUUGUUAUUGUUUCAGAAAUAUAGACCGCACGACCGAACAUUGUGCGGCGCACAAAUAAAUAAAACUGGUAAAGUGAGAUGACGUCUAUUAGCAACAACUUAGCCUCCCACAGACUGCAGCCUUUUUAUCGGCCGAUGGUUUGGUUGGGUUGGCCCACUAGUGCAAAAACCGACCCAACUGAAUCGGUGUAAUGGUCGCAUAUGGAUACCACUCCGUCCUCAUUAAGAAGCUGACCAAACUAUCGACUGACAAGAACUCUGCAUGGGUCUUACUUGUGUUCUGUUCCUUCUGAUAUAGUGACCAAUGUAGCUUUUGCUCCAACAUGUGCAAUAAUAUACACCAUCACGUGCUGGUUCCCUCUCAUCAAGAGCAGAAGCUAAAAACUGUCCUGCAGAAGUUGAGAAGUUUCACUUCUCCGUUGAGCAGUUAUCCUACAUGCGACAAAUGUCAUCAGGAAUUCAUAACAGUCCACAAAAUUCCCGAGAGCUGCUUCCAAAUGUUGUCCAUCGCCGAACCGACUGACAUCAAGAUAGAACCAGAGUUAAUGAUUAACGACGAGCUUUCGAAUAAUGAAAAUAUUCUCGAGGUGGACUCAGCAGUGGGUUUUGGGCCGAUCGGACAGGAUGACGAAAUGCAAAUCAAAAGAGAAAACGGUCAUCAAUUGUCAUCAAUUCCAGAUGCUGUAACAAUACGUAAGAAGGGCUCCUUGGGAAAAGGUGGGAUACCGUUUGAAUGUGAAAAGUGUGAACAAACAUUUGCCACAAAAUAUAGACUAAAAGUGCACGUUCUAACUCAUACGGGUGAACGACCCUUUCCUUGUCCAUAUUGUCAGAAUGCAUUUAGGGAAUCGGCAACACUCCGAACUCACAUUCGAACUCAUACGGGGGAACGUCCCUUUACUUGUUCAUAUUGUUCGGAAGCGUUUAUACAAAUUUCAUCGCUCCGAUACCACAUUCGCACUCAUACGGGCGAACGUCCCUAUUCUUGUCCACAAUGUCCUAAGACGUUUGUAAAAUCUUCAGCGCUCCAAAUGCACAUUCGAGCUCAUCCGGAAGAGGAACCUUUAUUCAAAUGUAAAAAGUGUGAAAAAACAUUCCCCUCAAGAACUAAACUAAAAGUGCACGUUCGAACUCAUACCGGUAAAAGUCCCUACUCGUGUCCACACUGUCAGAACGCAUAUAGGAAUCCUUCAACGCUCCGAGUACACAUUCGAAGCCAUACGGGUGAAAGUCCUUACGCUUGUCCACAUUGUCCGAAGAUGUUCAAGCAAAGUUCAUCGCUCAAGCCGCAUAUUCGAACUCAUACGGGUGAACGUCCCUUCUCAUGUCCACAUUGUCCGAAGGCGUUUAGACAAAAUACAGCGCUUAAACAGCACAUUCUAAUUCAUACGGAUUAGUAAAGAAUGUUUCUCUAACAUGAAUUAUUUGGCGGAAUCAUUCCUUUGCAGGGGGACGUCCUUUUUGUUGGCCACUGUUGCGUAUGCCCUUUACGCGACGCAGCACCUACUACGGUAUCGCAUUAAUGGGAGACCUAUUUCGCGUUGCCGGCAUUGAGCUUCGUUUACGAGUUCAGGGGAGCUUCAAAAAAUAUGAAUAAUUUUCAAGCGGAAUGAACACAUGUUUAUUCAAAAUUAAAAUUAUGAAUGAAAAUAAACUUAUCCGUUGAAAAAACAAUGUUGGAAAUGUAAAGACAUAUGGUUGAAUAAAAGUCAGAAA